AUGUCGUACGCUGCAUCCUAUGCGUUGUACAACUACUACCUCGUUGAUCCUUCCAAGGGUCAUGACGACUACUCGAACCUUCGUCUCAUCCGUGCUUUCGAGAAGGGUCUCGAUCCAAAGUCCUCUGAAGCAGGUUUCAUUCUUACUCAUAUUCAUAUGGUUGCUCAGACCGGCAAAUUGAUUGAAGGCGCCGCCAAUGUCGUGCAAGCUGUCUCUGCAGCACGCAACGAGCAGAACGACGAGAAUGCCAUCGCCGACGCGAAAGUCGGACUGCAGUCUAUCCUUCAGGCCAUGACCAUCAUCGAGGCUAACAUGGAAAAGAUGUGGGCCAACUCUCUACCAAAAGACUACAUGACCUACCGCACCUUCAUCUACGGCAUCACCAACCAAUCCAUGUUCCCCGACGGCGUAAUCUAUGAGGGUCAAUACGAUGAUAAGCCCCAAUUCUUCCGCGGCGAAUCCGGCGCAAACGACAGCAUCAUCCCUCUUCUGGACCACCUUUGUCAAAUCCCCAUGCCCGAAAACCCACUCACCAAAAUCCUUGUCGAGUUCCGUCAAUACAGACCCAAGCCCCACCGUGAAUUUCUCACCAACAUCCGCGAAAAAGCUGCCGGAGUCCAAGUCCGCGAUUUCCUGACCCACUCUGGCGAUUUUGGCGUUGUGGUCUUGUAUCUGCGUGUUUUGGACCAUGUCCGCAGUUUCCGCUGGCGCCAUUGGCAGUUUACUCGCGAGUACAUCAUCAAACGUACUUCGCAUCCUGUAGCCACUGGUGGCAGCCCCAUCAUCACUUGGUUGCCCAAUCAGUUGUCGGCGGUUAUGCAGUUGAUGGAGGAUGUAUGUAAAGGCUCUGGUCUUUGGGCCGUUCUUGCCGAAGGAGUUUGGAGUGGCGGCGGUGCUGAAGGAUCCUUGACCAAGAAGGAGUUUGACUUGAUCAAGGAUAUUAUGGAUAAUGCGGUGGAUCAGAAGAGGAAGUUGGCAAAGGAGGUCGCCAAGUAUUGUCAAGAUAGAGGUGUUGACGCUACAGCGAUUUGA